ACGCCUCGCCUUGUUUUUUCUCAAUAGUUGUCAGAGCCUUGGGUCACUCGCUAGUCGUCGCGAGGCAUCUUCCACUCCCUUUCUUUCUCUCUACGUCUCCCCGUCCUCCACCAUCGGGCUCCAGCAUCCUUAACGUAGGCUGAUAAAAACGUGGACCAUAUUUGAGUUCAACACUCCAACUCUGACCAUGUCCGGCGAAGACGCACCUGCUCAGCAGCAAAACGCCGAGGAGCAAAAGCAGCAGCCGCAGGAGACCAAGACGCUCGACGAGUCCCCGAAAACCGAGAGCAAACCGGACCCGCCGCCCGCCAGCGCGUCCACUGAGGCAGCCGCCGCCACCCCAGCGCCCGCAGCUGAGAAAGCUCCAGAGGAGGACACCUUCAGCUACCGGGCUCUGGUGCUCACCGGUUACGGCGGGUAUGAUAAGGUGAAGCUCCAGGUAAAGAAGGGGAAACCGACGCUGAAGAGCGGCGAGGUUAUGGUGCGCGUGAAAACGUGCGGGCUCAACUUCGCUGAUCUGAUGGCGAGACAGGGACUCUAUGAAAGGCUCCCGUCCCCGCCGGUGACCCCGGGCAUGGAGUGCUCCGGGAUAAUCGAGGCGCUUGGGGAAGAUGUGACUGACCGAAAAGUGGGUGAUAAGGUUCUGGUUCUGAACCGGAGCGGCAUGUGGCAGGAAUUAGUGGUGGUGCCAGCCGUGCACACCUUCUUGAUGCCUGAGGGAAUGAGCUUUGAGGAUGCAGCAGCUCUUCCUGUUAAUUACAUCACUGCCUACUUGAUGCUCUUCGACUUUGGGAACCUGCGUCCCAACCAGAGUGUACUCGUCCAUAUGGCCGCAGGUGGGGUUGGUAUCGCGGCCACUCAGUUGUGCAAAACCGUGAACGAUGUCACAGUAUUUGGCACCGCAUCGGCCAGCAAGCACGAGAUCAUCAGUGAGGGAGGAGUCACGCACCCCAUCGACUACAGGACACGUGACUAUGUGGAGGAAAUCCGUAAAAUAAACCCCAAAGGGUUGGAUAUUGUUCUUGAUCCUCUGGGAGGUUCUGACACCCACAAAGGCUACAACCUGCUUAAACCAAUGGGGAAGCUCAUUAGCUAUGGUGCCGCUAACAUGUUGGCGGGUCAGAAGAAGAAUCUGUUUGCGGUGGCCAAGACCUGGUACCAGCAGUUCUCCGUACACACUUUAAGUCUGAUCCAAGGGAAUCGCUCAGUGUGUGGGUUUCACCUAGGGUACCUGGACUCUGAGACCGAGCUCAUCGCUCAGGCCAUGACUGUGAUCCUGGACCUGUACCAACAGGGCAAGAUCAAGCCCCGAAUUGAUUCCACUUACCACCUAGAACAGAUCGGCGAUGCCAUGCGUAGGAUGCAAGAGAGAAGCAACAUCGGUAAAAUCAUCCUCACCACUGAACCCAUGAAGGAGGAGGAGAAAAAGGAGGAGGUCAAGAAAGACGAGGAGAAAAAGAAAGACGACAAGAAAAAGGACGACAAGAAGAAAGACGACAAGAAGAAGGAGGAGGCCAAGAAGGAUGAGAAGAAAAAAGAGGAGCCCAAGAAAGAGGAGCCCAAGAAGGAGGACAAGAAAGCGGAAGAGAAGAAAGACGAAGUCAAGAAAGAGGAGAACUGAGUAGUGGAUGUGAUGUGAUUUGUGUUUGUGUGAGGGGUUUUGGGAGUGGUCUGCGUGCGUGUGCGUGUAUGCAUGUGUGUGUUAUAUAUGUGUGUGUGUGAAUGGGGGGGUGUAUAGUGUAAUUAACUUAACCCCAGGUAUUUUCUCUGACAUUAGAUCUGCAAUUAUUCAAUCAGCAGAAUUUUAACUCUGAACACACACACAAACACACACGUUGUACACUAAGGGAUCACACCACUAUAUUGUGCUAUUGUAACCUGGUAGUGUUUUUCCAAGUUCCUCUGCAUUCUGCGAUGUCGUUUCUAACUUUUCUCGUAUGACUGCACGCCGAUAAAGCGUGUUAGGGCAGUAUUAUACUUUUAUAAAUAUCAAUGCAAUGUUUACUCAACCAAUGUCUUCAAUUAUUUAGUGAAUUAACCUUAUUCUGCACCCUGUCAAAGUAUACAUGUUCUCUAUUGUUAUUCCUGCCAAACUAAUGCACUAUAAAAUUAUUGUAUUCCACUGAAAAAAAGAUCUUUUAUCUUUUCAGACGCAAACCAAAAACCCCUCACUCUCUACACCCCCCGUGCGUUUGUGUGCCGCGCCUGCAUGGGUUUAGCAGGAGCGCCGUUACCGUGACAACGUCCACCCUUUUCCACCAACCCCUCCCCUAUCUGUUAUGAAGAGGCUGCACUUGUUUGAUUUGCCGUACGUCAUCAAAAGCGCUCGAUCAUCUCUGCCCACCCAAAUCACCCUGGACGAGCACUGGCACAUUGAACAAGGGCACCAACCUACGCUCACAUUGUUUGUGUUGUAUUCCCAUUGGGCCAGGCUCACUGACAUGCACCCGACUCCACCCCCUGGGUGGUUUUUGAUGGCGAUACAAGUAGUACAUUUAAUUGACUCUUACCUCAAAUUUCCUAACUGCUUUUCUUAUAUAAUAAAAGUAAAUGGGGACCCAAUUUGACACAGUACAUUAUUACAGAUGAAAUGGUGGUCCACAUAAAUAGCUUGUGCACAUUAAAAAAACUAUUUCUCUUUAGUCGGACCACUUUUGUGGGGCACUUUGCAAUUUAACUUAACCUCCCUCUGUCCCUUCACUUUAUUUAAAUUGAAAACCGAGACCAAGAUGUUUUUUUAAAAAGCCAUAUGGGUUUGAAUAUAUUCAUUUGGGUGAGCUAACCCUUUAAGCCUCAAUGGCUAGCGCAUCAAUGUGCCAUGUCAUUAGACGGGGCAAGUGCUAGGAUUUUAAUGAGCCUAGCUGGCAAACAGGACCAAUUAUAGCUCAACUCUCGCUUUCUCUCAUUGUACGAACUCUGAGACGUGCAAGCAUACGGAGGGUCAGAUAAAGACAGCAGUGGCCUUUCAUACCACAAACUCCUCCAGGAUUCCGCAGCCCCUCAUUCCAGUUGACGGUUCACCCUGACCUGCAUCACACUUGUUGCAUGUAGCGUUUAAAUCUGCUCAUCUGACUCUUCCUCCUCCCGUUACCCUUUUCGUCAUUGUGGUCGGCAUGGCAACAGCAGUUAGGCCAGAUAAAGAUGACAGUCGGGUCUCACCCCCACAUCCCUGACAGACCCACACAUAAAAUCCUACUACAGCCUUUCUUUUAUACAAUACGCCUUUUUGUUUUAAUAAAUACAUAUUUAUUUAACUCCCUGAUGUAUUCACUCUCUCAGUGUCAAUCAAACACUCUGGCCCCUCCCGCCUCUUUAAAACGCAGUGAUCUGCUGCCUCUACUGGUGAUUUGUAUGCAUUGCUAUCAUUCAAGACACCUGCUGACUGCUUUUCCGUCGUGCACUGAGUCUGGUACAUGUCAGUGAUCAACUGUUUACGUGAAACGAACCAGACCCCUCUUCUUUAUGUACGUUUGUUGUUGUGUGAGAGUCAGUGCGUGUGUGUGUGUGUGUCUCUGUAUUUGACUGUCUGUCCUCAGGUCUUGUCAGAUAUAAAUUCAAUUUUUUUUUUUUCUGUCACUCUACCUCCCUCAUGCUACCUUAUUUUUAUUUUACAGUUCACUAAAAAACUAAAAUAUGACGUACUUUCAGUCAGGAACAACCUGCGAGUUUUCAGUUUUUGGGUGAACUGUCUCUCUUUCUGACUUAACUCUUAUUCCAGCCCCAUGUUGGUUUGCUAUUGUUUGCACUUUGCUUGUACUUCUAGAGAUGGCGGUCCCACUCCCAAUCCACUGUGUUUGCGAUUUCACUCCAGGUUUUCACUCAGACUUUGAGUCACAUUUUCUCUCCCACCAACACAUUCCUCUUUAUGCCACUCUUAACACAAGAACCAUGUGUUGGAAAUGCAUAGAUGCGCAAGCCUUCAUGUUCAUUUUUGUGUAUUACUACAUCAUGUGCUGAGACUUUACACUACAUUGCCACCUGUUUUACUUAUUGCUCUGGCCCAGAAUGCACUGGGGUGGGAGUGGCACCCAUUUCCAGCUUGGGACCUAAAAAAUGAAUCCUGAAUUCUGUUUAACUUUCGUUUUGUUUUGUUGUGUUCUGCUGGUUGUGGCGCCAAGUGACCCUAACUAACACGUCAGUAAAAAUGUUCGUUCCUUUUUGUAUUUUGUUUGUUCUGUGGUCUGCAUUUGAGUAAUUUUGUGUUCAAAAAAGCUUGCUGCAGUUCCUCUAAAAUGUGAUGAUGACUCCUAUUUCGUUGGUCCUGACCGAGUGUGCCAAACUUUUUUCGUGGAGGCGUGACCUUCGCUAUAACUGUGCUUACUGUACUGAAGAAAAAAAAUGAGAAGAGAAAGAUAAACCUUUUUUUUGUGGUUAUUGUCGAAAUGAUCUUGCAGUAAAAGACCUACGAAUCUGAAUUUGCUCCUGUCGUGUGUGGUCGACGCCCUGAAUAUUAUUGGUGCUGACUGAUUUCUGACUUUUCCAUUUUAAAUUCAUGCAAAACCUCUCGUUCUCACUGUGCCUCAGUCGUAAACCAACACCAGAUUGCCUCCACGCACGUUUAUACACAAAUGCUCGUACACACAAAAUAGUUUUCCUUUGUAUCCGAUCUCGGCUCUGCUCUCCUAAAGGGCUGAUAUCAGGUUCCGCUGAUCCAGAUCAGGUGUACUGUUGUUUAUGAAUACUUCUGUGUAUUGUGUGCACUAGUGGUUUAUUAGGCAGGUGGGCGGUCGCAAUGUACUAGCCAAUGAAUAGAGUUAACCCAACAACAAAAAAGUCACAGUUUUAACAAACUAACAAUUUUUUCAAGCAGUUACAGGUCUUUUUUUCCGGCUUUUAUAUUCUGGCUGUCAUUAGUGUUCAGUCUAGUUGUGUAGUGUUGCCGUUUUUCCUCAACAAUCCAAACAUAAUUCGUCACGGCAGGUCAUCUUAACAUUCUAGUACUCCACUAUGUCAAUUCCAGCAGCAUCGUUCCGGUUCUGGAUCACAUCUCGGCUGCUUAUUAGUUUUAGUUACUUGGCUCUGUCUGCAUGGCUAACAUUAAGCACCACUGGAUCCAUUCAGAGAGACCUCAUGUAUUAACACAUCCAACAGUGACAUCUGGGUGAGGAAGAAUUCAUUAAAUCUCUCAAGGUUUAGAUACAUUGUAAGAUGAUGGUUUGGGAAUAUUCUUCCUCUUCCUUUUUUGGAGCACACGCGAUGAGCUCAGACGCAGGUGUGACUGUCUCCCGUGAAUAUGGAAUUGUGCGACUGGGAGCCAAGCUGCUUCCUUCCUCGGACCCUCAAUCCAAUAGCUUUCCCAGAACAGGAAACACCCCUCAGUUUCACAGAGUCUAGAAUUCCUUACACAUGCACCCCUAACCAAUGCUGAAAACCCUUAUGUCCAGACAUGAGUUAGAGUUAGAUACUUAAUUAUAGUGUAUCUUAACAGUGAAAUGUAUUUAUUUAUGCAUCAAUAAUAUCACGAAAGGCUUGCGGUAAAUUUUUUACUCUAAAUUGAUACGGCCGAUGCUCUCUUAAAAUGUAUUCUGCACGCAUUGCAUUAUGAUAAAUGACACCUUUUUUGUACAAGCAAAUGCAUGCGUAUAACAAAAAUGCCUGGUGACUUUGGAGCAUUGGGAACAUUUUUGAAAGACGAACCCUUAAAUUUUCUCUGCACUCUGAAUUCUAGUUCCAACUUUUCUGCUUGGCUUUUUAGCCAAUCAGAUUUCCCAGCUCACAUUCCUGUUCACCGAUUGGCUAGAAAUUGAAAACCCCUAUUCGUCAGCAUUAAGUCACCCCCCACACACGUCAGAAAAGCACCGCAGGUUGUUUUUGUUGUUGUUUGUUUGUUUUCUGAAACCCUCAAUUUGAACUUUCUCCGUUUAAUCUCGAGUAUCUGAAGUGCUGCUGUAUCUGUGCUUGACUCUGGGUUGGUUGGACUGCGUGUGGUCGUGAGGACUGUAGAGUUCAUAAUGCUUCUGUGUGUGAUGUGACCAUUUUGCCUUACAUGUUUUCCAGGACUAAUUAAAGAGCAUAACUAAAAAAACA